CUGCACCGCUCUCAACUGACCAACGACGAUCAUCGCGAGGAGCCUAGCCCCGUGGCAAUCCCGUCCCAGUCACAUCUGCCCGCUGAGUUCGACCUCGCCGGCCACACCGCCAUCGUCGCCUCUGCCGGCGGUGAUGAAACUCCUUUCCUCGCGGCCGCUCUAGCCGAAGCCGGCGCUGCCGUAUUUGUCGCCGCCCGCCACCGUUCCGCUGCGGCCGCCAUCGCGGAUGCCGUGACCGCCGUCACCGGCCGGGAGACCCAUCGCCACGUGGGACGUUGGGACACGCCUGCGGAUGCCGCCGCAGUCCUCGAAUCUUUUUCCACCGCCUACCCACGCGCCGACAUCCUGGUCAGCGACACCCGCAGCUUUUUCGCCAAGCCCGCCGCCGACAUCGAACUUGCCGAAUGGGACGAGCUGCACGCCCGCAACGUCCGCGCCACUUUCAUGCUCAGCCAGGCCGUGGGUCGACGAAUGCUGGACCAACGCUACGGCCGCAUCGUAAACGUUAUUUCGAACCUGGCCGAGCGUGCCGUCAUCAACUGUUCUGCAUACAGCGCGACCCAGGCCGCCGUCCUGUCCCUCACCCGCUCCCUCGCGGUAGAAUGGGGCCGCAGCGAAAUCCGCGUCAACGCCGUCGGUUCCGGCUGGUCAACCGCGGAGGACAUCCCGCUGGAAAUCCAACGGGAGGAACUCCUGGUCCGCUACACCCCCAUGCGUCGUAAGGGUCAUCCUCGCGACCUGGCCGCCAUGCUCGUUUAUCUCUGCUCCCCGCAUUGCGAUUACCCCUCGGGCCAGCCCGUGUACAUCGACGGCGGCCUCAACGCCCACCCGUAA